GGCAAAGAAAGAAAUAGAUCUGGGGCGGCCGUCGUUGAAGUAUAAGGUUGCGAGCCUGUUUGGAUCUUGAUCAAGAUCCGUCGUAGAUUUCUUUGAACCGCCAUCGUAGUUCAUCGGACUUUGAAGAUUCGUCUUCCGGUAAGAACUAUCAUCGCCUUUGAGAUUAUCGGCCUGAAAAAAAGAAUUUUCUAAUUUGAGGUUCGAAAGAACGAAGAUCGUCUCCGAUUGACUGUUUAAUUUCAAAUAUCGCAUAAUCAAUUGACCGAUCCUGCAAUAUUCAUAGUUUCCAUAUUGUUUUUUUUCUGUAUUGAAUCGGAAAAUAUCUUGUUGCUUUACGGCGGGAUUUCGUUUGGGCGUGUGAAUUAGGGUUUUAUAUUACAAAGCUUCUGUUGUAUGUGUUUUUAAAAGAAAAGCGAUUGAACUUGUUGAUUUUUUAGGGUCCUAGGUUGUAAUUGGGGUUCCUUCUAGGUCGUCGUUAGGGUUUCGUCUUCUUUUAUCUCUUUUGCUCUGUUAUUUGGAUUGGAUUGUUGGUUGCUGAAAAUCAGUUGUUGGUGUUACUAAUUAUGGCGGCAGGACGACAGAACAUCUCGAGGAAAAGAUACUCGAAUCAUUCCGAGGAAGAAAACCCCUCUUAUAAAAUUCGGUACAAUCAGAGAACUUCUGCUAGUGGUCUUGAUUUACCUAAAAACGCUAUUAGUUCAGGUGGCAGAACCAAUGAUCAUAGAACGAACAGAGACGUUGAUGGUGAUCUUGGCAGGUCGUGUUGGGAGGCAAACGGUGUUAGAUGGUCUGUGCUCCCAAUUGAUCAUGACUUGCAAGACAGAAACAAUGAAGAGUUUGUUUCUGAAAAUGAGUCGAGGUCAGUCUCUACCAAGAAAAGGAAGUUUUCCCCUAUUGUGUGGGAUAGAGUUGAUAAGCAGGUGAAGAUCUCCUCUAAGAACAGAAUUAUAUCUACCAGUUCUGUCCUUAGUCGAUCUUCCUCACCCAAGCCAUUGAAAGAUUUUGUGAAGUUGCAAGCUGUCAAAGAUGGGAAGAUUGAACGAUGUUCCAUUGAUGCUGACAGCGAGUUGCAAAUUUCUCCUGUCGAGUCUCUUGUGUCUAAUGUCUCUGAUGGGCUGGGAGUAUCGUGCUCGUUGGCUACAAGCACGCAUGAAGAGUGUGAUCAGGAGCUUGAGAACGAAGAUGGAGAGUACAUGGAGGAACGGAACUUGUCCAAAUCAAAAUGGGCAUUUAAUGAUUCACCAAGAAUGGCAUCAGAAAUCAACAAUUCCAGUCCUGAAAGUGGGGAGUUCAAGCGAAAAGGCUUUGAAGGGAUGGAAGAGGUCUCAUCUUUGUCUACUGAAAUUGACCCUUUUUUAGCUCAAGCCAGUGAAGAUGAGCAGUCGAGGAAGUUUGAUGACAAGGCUUCCAGCAUGGGUUAUGUAAGUUCAGAGGGUGAUGACGAUGAAUGCCACGUAACUGAUGUCCCAAGAUGCAUUGGGUUAGGCCUGAUGCCAAGCUGUAGAAAUGUGUUCGAGUAUGAAAGACUUGGUAAGAUUAGUGAAGGCACCUAUGGUGUUGUUUACAAAGCUAGAGAUAAGAAAACCGGAGAUAUUGUGGCAUUGAAGAAGGUGAAGAUGGGAAAGGAGAGAGAAGGUUUCCCUGUGACAGCUUUGAGGGAGAUCAACAUUCUUGGGUCUUUACAACACCCAUCCAUUGUGGAAGUCAAGGAAGUUGUUAUGGAUGACUUUGAUGGCGUUUAUAUGGUUAUGGAAUACAUUGAUCACGAACUCAAAGGAUACAUGGAGCGAAUGAAGCAGCCAUUUAGUCAGAGCGAGGUUAAAUGCCUUAUGCUGCAACUCCUGGAGGGGCUGUCUUUUCUUCAUGAUAACUGGGUGAUUCACAGGGAUUUGAAGACAUCAAACUUGCUCUUGAACAACAAAGGUGAGUUAAAGAUCUGCGACUUUGGGAUGUCAAGGCGGUAUGGGAGUCCUAUAAAGCCGUAUACUUCCUUGGUGGUGACUCUUUGGUACAGAGCGCCUGAAGUUCUUCUGGGGAUGAAAAAUUAUACAACUGCCAUUGAUAUGUGGUCGGUGGGUUGUAUAAUGGCGGAGUUGCUGGCGAAGAAACCGCUCUUCGAUGGUAACAGGGAACUUGAGCAGAUUAACAAGAUUUUCAGAACUUUAGGGACACCGAACGAGACAAUAUGGCCUGGGUAUUUGAAGCUGCCAGGAGUGAAACCCAACUUUGUGAAGCAGGCGGAUAAUAAUUUGCGGAAAAGGUUUCCUGUGGCUACAUUUACAGGGUCGCCGGUUCUAACAGAGCUGGGAUUUGAUUUGUUGAACAAGCUUUUGACAUAUGAUCCAAAGAAGAGGAUAACCGCAGAGGAAGCCCUUAAUCAUGGAUGGUUCCGUGAGUCUCCUCUCCCUGCGGAAAAUGUGAGGAUCUGUAGAUAAAUCUGACCAAGUGUUUGGGGUUGAAAACAUAUAUAAAUUUUGUGAUCUUGAUAAUGCACUUUUGUUAUUCAAAUGACACUAAAAACUUGAUGUUACAAGCAUUAGACUGUGGGUUCAAUUUCAUCUGUGCAAAUGUUUGCAGC